AACCUCGUUGAGAGCACCACGAGAAAGCAGCGCGUCGGCCUCAAUCAUGCCUGGCCCCGUGGCAGCGCCUGCCGACAAGGAGGACAACUUCAAACCCCUCCCUCCCACAAAGCCCUUCCAAUCCACCCUCCGCUAUCCAUCCAGCCGCAAGUCCAUCUACGACCGCAACUUGAAUCGCACGCGCGUGAACGAGUCCUCCCUCGCUUCCUUCGCCUACCUGUUCAACACCCUCAUCACCUACCACCACUCCAAGUCCGGCUCAGUGAGCGAGAUCGAAACCCGCCUCAACCGCGCUGGCUACCCCAUCGGCACCAAACUCCUCGACCUCCUCCUCUAUCGACAGCCCCCCCGAACAGCCACUCGACCCACCCGUAUUCUCGAGCUGCUUCAGUUCGUGCAUGGCACCGUCUGGCGUGCCCUCUUCAACCGCACCGCAGAUGCGCUCGAGCAAGGCACGGAGAAGAAGAAUGAAUACAUGAUCAUCGACAACGAGCCCUUGGUCAACAGCUUCAUCAGCAUCCCCAAGGAAAUCAGCCAGCUGAACUGCGCCGCUUUUGUCGCCGGCAUCAUCGAAGGCAUGUGCGAUGCUACCGGGCUGAGCACCGAUGGUGUGACGGCGCAUUGGGCCGGCGAAGGCGAUGAGCUGUGGCCGGGAAAAACGAUUUUCCUGCUCCGCUUCAAAGAAAGCGUCGUGGAGAGGGAUGAGGCCCUCAAAGCCGGGUGACACAACCGAAGUUGUGCCGAGCAGCAAGCCAUGAGCAUAUAAACAAUUCGCGGCCCCUCGAAUAUCACCUUAUGAGCCAGUGGUGAGACAUGAAAAUUGGCGUCUUGAAGCAACAGGUUAAUCUUCCCUCUGCCUCCGCCUGGCGAAACGUGCGAAAACUCCACGAACUGCCCUUGCGACACCCAACUGAGCUUCCCCUGAGGAGAGAGUAGGCCCAAUGUGGUUGAAAUCGAGAGAUUAGGUCCAAUGAGGCCGAACUCUUUUGCCCCUGAGGGCGAGGGUUCGAAUCCUGGCUGCACCAUUCGAAUUCUUUUUGCUCUUGCCGGAAAGCAUUGAGCUAACACGUCAUUUGGCGUAGGAUGCAGUAUGCAGUAUUCAAGGAGAGAACGAGAUAGAAGACCUUAAACAACACCCAUUGGUGCAAUUGGAGGCAAUAU